AUGGGCAACUCUGCGCUCGACCUCAACCCUCCCAACGCCACCUUCCACCUUUCGACCCAUGGGUCCGACUGGUUGUGGGCAGCCUUCUCGGUCUUCGGCGUAUCUUUACUUACCGUGGUCGCAUGGACGUUCACUCGGCCACGGGGUGCACGUCUGUUCCACCAGAUAGCCAUAGUGGUUCUUACGACCGGCUCCCUUGCCUACUUCUCUAUGGCUUCUGACCUCGGUGCGACCCCGGUCCCUGUCGAGUUCAGGGGCGAGGGCACCCGUCAGAUUUGGUUCGUGCGUUACAUCCAGUGGUUCAUCACAUUCCCGCUCUUGCUCCUUGAGCUCCUCCUCGCUACCGGUCUGUCGUUGUCCGAUAUCUUCACGACACUCUUCAUGAGCAUCGUCCUCGUCAUCACCGGUCUCGUUGCUGCCCUUGUGCCGAGCACCUACAAGUGGGGUUACUACACGUUCGGUGUAUCCGCGCUGUUCUACAUCUGGUAUGUGCCGUAUGUUCUCCUUUGGCAUGGUCCCCAUACGACCUUCGCCGCUGGAGGCGUGCUCCGCCGCGGCUACCUCCUGGCCGCCGGAUACCUGUCCUUCCUCCUCCUGCUCUACCCUAUCGCCUGGGCAUGCGCGGAGGGCGGCAACGUCAUCUCAGUCACCUCCGAGAUGAUCUGGUACGGUAUCCUCGAUAUCUUCGCCGGCCCCAUCUUCCUGUUCUUCUUCCUUUGGGAGCUGCGCGGCGUCGACUACGCGACCUUCGGCCUCCACUCCGGCAAGUACACGGACAAGUCGGCGUAUGCGCCCAACACCACCCAGGCUGCCGGAACUAUCCCCGCCACCACCUCUACUGGCGCCGCUGGUAACGUCUAA